AUGUUGAUUAUUUACGGUGCGGUUGCGCUUGCUCAAGAUGCGACAACCGGCACGGUUCGUGGUAACGUUGUAGAUACCACAACGGCACAAACGCCGAUUAGUGGGGUUAGAGUUGUUGUGGUCAGCACCGAUGGCACAGAGAAUGAAACGACAACGGAUGACGUCGGUGAAUAUACCAAGUCGGGCUUGCCGCCGGGGCGUUAUCUCCUUAGUAUUUACAAGGAUGGAUAUGGCGACCGAACCGGUAAACCGGUCACCAUCGUUACUGGAGGCGAUCACUAUGUGCCGCUGAAAAUGACCAAAAAAGAUACAAUUGUCACCUUCUUUGCCAAGUUUGGUGUUGUCUUCUGGCCACUCCUCCUCUGUUCUGUGGCUGCGUUGACGUUUAUUAUUGAACGCCUCUUUACUUUCUUAAGAAGCCGUUCCAAGCUCGGUACAGAGCAGUUCAUGGCAAGCAUUACCGAUUCUUUGCGUAGUGAUAAUAUCAUGGAAGCGGUCUCAACCUGUGAAGAAGCAGGCGGCCCACUUGCAAACGUUCUGAAAGCAGGUCUGUUAAGAUACAGUCAAGCCCAGAUCGAAGAGCAGGAGAUUACAAAAGAAGAGGUACAGGAAUCCAUUCAAGAAGCGGGACUCCUUGAGAUUCCAGAGCUUGAGCGAAACAUUCCUGUUAUUAGUACGGUCGCAGUUAUCUCACCGUUGUUUGGUCUCCUCGGUACGGUUAUGGGUAUGAUUAACGCAUUUACCACGAUUGCAUUGGAAGGUACUGGCGACCCACAGGCACUCGCCGGGGGUAUUUCCCAAGCGUUGCUGACCACCGCUGGUGGCUUAACCAUUGCUAUUCCGUGUCUCAUUUUCUCCCAGGUCUUUGAGAGCUGGGUCAACAAAUUUGUGCUUGAGAUUGAGCAGGUUUCGACAGAAAUCGUAAACCAACUGAUUCUUGGUCAAUCAGCGUAA